AUGUCAACCAUCGCCCUCGAGACGCCGCUGGCGGAAGCGCUGAGCGGUGCUGUGCACUCCAAGAUUGUGGAAGAAGGCUGGACACAAGAUGAUGACACCUCAUUAGCGGAAUACAUCGUCCUCAUGCUUGCCAAUGGAAAGACUCAGAAUCAGAUCGCAUCAGAGCUUGCUGGCGAGUUGCUGCAGGAUGCGAAAGGAACAACCGAGUUCGCGCAGUGGUUGUUCGAUCAGGUCAAUCUUUUGUCUGGCGGCGCUGCCGCUUCCGAUCCUGCAGUAAUAUCACAAUCCUCAGAACAAGCUGAACAGGUCGCUGCGCCUACUUCACUGCCUUCAGGCUCUACUGAGAACGGAAGCUCUUCAAUACCUGCAGCGUAUGACAUGGACAUGGUUGAUAAUGCACCAGAAAAUGCGUAUGUUGUGUCCCACUCGAGGCAAUUUCUGAAAAUCUCUUCUGACAUACUUCACAGACCUCGAGGCCCUAAAGGUUUACACGGUGGCCGACCUGCAGGCAGAGGGGGACGAGGCAGCGCAAUAAACAAAACCGGCGAUUUAGCUUUACACCGCGUCCGCGGCAACGACAGGAUAAACACUCACGCCAACAUGCGCGGCGCGCCGAAAGGCCCCCGCAAUAUCCAGAAUCGAGAAGUGCGCCCUGGUAUGCAGAAAGCGCUGAAUAUGGGCAUGACGGGUUCCGCUCCAGGCAUGCAGAAUCCGAUGAUGAUGAAUGGCGGACAACAAGGUCAAGGGAUGAUGCAGAUGACUCCUCAGCAACAGAUGGAAUUUAUGGCUAUGAUGGAACAACAGACUCGCAUGCUGGCACAAUUUACUGGAAUGAUGCCAGGAGCAACGAACCCCGCGUUCUCACAAGGUGGCAACCUGCCUAGCAAUCAAGGUCGAUCAUUGUUCGAUAGAGUCGAGCCCGGGCGUGGCCGCGGAGGUGGUCGAGGCCGGGGCCGAGGGGGUAGCAGUCAGAACGGCCACAUCAAGUCUCCUGCGAGAGCAAGCGAUCAAGACACAGCUAUGGAAGGUGAUGGUCAGACGCCAGGACCCGAACCAUCUACCACGGAUGCCCAGCCAACCACCGAGGGCGAACGAAAGCCACAAGAUCCGUCCAAUACGAUGUGUCACUUCAACCUUCGCUGUACCAACAAAGACUGUCCUUAUGUCCACCAAUCGCCCGCUGCUCCCGAGGGAACAGUUGUUGAUAUGUCCGACACUUGUCAAUUUGGUCCUGCCUGCAAGAAUUCGAAGUGCGUCGGGAAACAUCCUUCCCCAGCACAAGUCAGGGCGUUCCAGGCACAAGAGCUGUGCAAGUUUUUUCCCAACUGCACCAAGCCCAACUGUCCAUUCAAGCACCCAACAAUGCCCUUGUGCAAGUUUGGUGCCAACUGCAAGACUCCGAAUUGCCCGUUCACACACUUGCAGGUUCCCUGCCGUUUCAACCCGUGUACAAACUUGAGAUGUCCAUACAAACACGAACCGGGACAGCAGAAGACGACCAAUUUUGCCGAUUACACUUGGACACCGGAUAAGCAGACCGAACAAGAUGCCGCGAAGCAACAUGUUAGCGACAGGAAAUUUGUGGAUGAUCAGGCGGGCGAGGAGGAACUGAUCAAGCCAGAGACGGGUACAGAGACGCAGAUACGCGAGGAGGUGAUUACUUAA